AUGCAGCGGCCAGAUCUCCACGGAGCACCUGCACUUGAUGACCAUCAACAUGGGUUGAAUAAGAAGCUCAAGUCCGGCCCAUGCUACCAGCACCCCAAACGAUUGGAGGUUUCGAUCCACUUCAGCGAGGAAGCUCAAGUACACGUGAUCUAUGACAUAAUCGCAAGGCGGAAAGUCCGACCGGAGCCAUCAGGUCAAUAUCCCCCUCCUCUGAUUACCAAAGUGCCCCGCAAUUACAUUGAAAAUCUCUGCUCUACUAUGGCGGACACUGGUGGCUGGAGCACAAUCGAGUCCGAUGAGGGUCUCUUCACUUCUCUCAUUGAGAAUCUCGGGGUGAAAAAUGUGCAGUUUGAGGAGCUUAUAUCGCUGGAUGCCGAUACGAUACGAUCACUUGGAUCCGUCUACGGUGUGAUUUUCCUCUUCAAAUGGACUCGCGAAGCAGCCGGUGCUCGUGCCGAAGCUCCCCUCGACGGGACCUACGACCAAACCGCCUCCGAGAAGGCCAUCCUCUCCGUCAUCCUCAACCACGACAGUCCCUCGCCUCCUCUGCCUCCCAUCUCUAUCGGCGCCGAACUCCGCUCCUUCAAAGAUUUCACCACGGGCUUUCCUCCCGAACUCCGCGGUGAAGCCCUCUCCAACUCAGAGGCUAUCCGCACGGCGCACAAUAGCUUUGCCCGGGCCAGCCCCUUUGCCGAUGAGACGGCUCGCCCGCAGGAUGAGGAGAAUGCCGCAGAUGUGUACCACUUUAUCGCGUAUACCCCGGUGAAUGGAACCUUGUACGAGCUGGAUGGUCUGCAGCCGUAUCCGAUUAGCCACGGGGCAUGUGAUCCGUCCUCGUUUCCGGAGAAAGUGAUCGAGGUGCUACAGCGACGGAUUGCACGGUAUCCGCCGGAGGAGACGCACUUUAAUUUGAUGGCGGUGGUGCAGGAUCCGCGGCCGAGAGCGCGGGAGAUUGGCGAUGUGGAAACGCUGGAGCGUGAGGAGCGGAAGAGAGCUGCAUGGGCGUGGGAGAAUACCUUGCGGAGAUGGAACUUUGUCGGAUUCAUUGGGGAGAUGAUGAAGGGGGUUGCUCGUAUGAAGGAGACUCAGGAUGGAAGCGGGAAGGCCUUUGACGAGUGGGUGAAUAAUGCAAAGACCGCGACCCAGAAAAGAUUGAACAUGCGACGUUGA